AUGAGCUCACUAUCCCAAUUAGUCCUUCAUGUGAAGAAAGCUCGCGCUGCCCUCCAGAGGAGGAGGAAGUCGGAGUCUAAAAAGAACCAUAAUCCAUUUAGGAACAGUGCCUUUCCGACGGUAUCGUCAACAUCAGUACUCAACAGAGUCAACAUAGUGCCCACGUCGUCCCCUUGGGAUGUCCUCCCUGUUGAGGUUCAGAUUAAAAUAUUUACCCAAUGCGGGAUAAGGGACUUUGUACCGCUAAAGCUCGUCUGCCAGUCCUUCAACCAGCUCCUUACCGCGCACGAGCAGCUCAUUGCGCGACAUUAUCUUCGCCAACGCCGCCAUGGCACCCUCCCAUCCCCCAUAGACAGCGAGCGAACAUACACUCGAAACCCGGAAGAUGAUGUGGUACUCCUGUCAGAUCUCUUCCCACCCGCAAAGAGCGCAAAGGGUGGCCAUCUAUAUACCUUCCGGUACAUCUAUAGCCUUCAACGGCGGCAGAACCUCUGCUCGAGGCUAUGCUACUACAUCGCGGACCGAGUCAUGGAUCGAUUCGUUCACAGGGAGCCGGUGUAUAUGAGAACCUUGUUUCCGUCAAGGGGUGAGCGCAGUAAUUUUGUGAGACGGGGGACUGCGAGAAUAAUGUUCCACUUAAUGCCACUGAUGUUUUAUGUAUUAUACUUUCUAGAGGCGUAUAGCCUGGCCAGGCGCGAGCAUACCAAUACCCUUUUACGCGAUUUCGAAGCUGGACGACUGCCGGUUCCCAUACCUCCCGACAUCGGUAAAUCUAUGUACCGCGAAUUACAAACGAAGAUAGUCCAAUCUCCUCCUUUCACCGACACACCCACCUUAAUAUCCGCAAACCAUUGCAUGAGUCUUCUUGUGUGUUAUCUACAAUACACCGUACCGCCCGACGAAACUACUACUGUGCCAGACGACAGUUGGAUAGGCUCGUUGCUCACCGUGUCACCCUUCGUGCGGAUCGUCGAGUACUUCUCAGCGGAGAUCGGGGAUGGCGGCAGCCAGCGGAUGCAGCGGAAGGACUUUAUGCACAAUUUCCACCACGAUAUCACCUUGAACGAACAAGAUAAGAUCAAGUCAUUGGUAUUUCAGAAAGCUCCAAACGAACAUCUGCAUAAUUCCUUGCAGGACGUCUGGUUUGAUAUUGUCCGCAAGGAAUUGGCUUCAAGGGGCGUUGGGCCACACGAUGCCGAGCGCAUCAUGGUCCGGGAAGAUUUGCCUAUAUUAUUUGGCUGCGAGGAAUGUCGGGAAUCUGUUGGUUGGCAAGCAUAA